GCCACACGGAUGAAUUCGUCGUCAUUCGUCGGAAUCAUUCGAACUUUGAAAAUGGAUCGGUAGCUGGGAAGGAAACUUAAAGCGAAAUACGCAAAGAAAACGGCUUUUGUCCGCUAUUCAGCGAUUUUUUUUGUGUUGUAAUCAGCAGAGGAAAUUUUAACGACCAACUCCACCGCCACACCAGCCAUCUCCAGCAGCUCCGGAAAAUAAAAUAGAACUAAAUUAACGCCUCCAUCACUACAACAACCAUCUCACCAACAACUACAAGAGCAACAACCACAGCAACAGCACUACUGCACCAAGCCCACAAAGAAGAGGUGAAACGCAAAAAUCGCAAUACCCGAAGAAAAAAACAAAAAAUAUCGCAGAUAACCGAAAAAAGCGGUGCAAAUAGAUAAACCCCAUUUUUUGCUUGAGCUUUUUUCGCCUGUGUGAUGAGAGAAAUCAGCAGCAGCCAUCGAUUACAACAACAACAGCAGCCACACCAACGACGACUCAACCACCAAACCAAGAAUAAAUAAACAGCGGAGAGCGAUAGAUAGAGAGAGAGAGAGAGAGGAGCAUCUGCAGCAGAAUUGAAUCAGUUUUUUCAUCAACCGCCGCAUUGUAUUAAAAACACAAAAAUCCCAUAGGCGGCCACCAUUUUGAUUUUGAAUGAACUGAACGAGAAGAGAGGAAAGAGCACGAGAGACUGAGAAAAACUGCUGCUCAUUUGUUGCACCGUAAACCCUUUUUCCAGCUUGUAAGCACUCUGCCUGUCUCACUCUAAUCGCGUCCAGGAGCACCGUACAGUAACAACAACAGCAACAACAUGGUGGAGCCCAAGUCCGGGACAGCUGCUUCUGCCGCUGCUGCGAAAGCAAGCAACAACAAUAACAACAACCACCCCCGUGGAUCUGGGGACAGCGGCAUCCGGAGUGGCAGCGGCAUUUCCUGCAGCAACACGGACAACAGCUGCAGCCAGAGUCAGUCAGACGGACAGAAUGAGCUGACGCGCUACAGCAGCGAGGAUGUGUCGGGCAACGAGUCCAGCGAGGCGCCCAACAUGACCGAGGUGGAACGCCAGGCGGAGCUUAACAGGCACAAGGAGGAGAUGCAGAAGAAGCGGCGCAAGAAACGCAUCAGCUCCUCCCUUCAUUCCUCAACCUUUCAGGAGCUGUACAAGCUGACUGGCGAGAUUCUUGGCGAGGGAGCCUACGCAUCGGUGCAAACUUGCGUUAACAUCUACACCGAUCUGGAGUAUGCCGUGAAGGUGAUCGAUAAGAUACCGGGGCAUGCGCGUGCACGUGUCUUUCGCGAAGUGGAGACAUUCCAUCACUGCCAGGGCCAUUUGGGCAUCUUGCAACUGAUUGAAUUCUUUGAGGAUGACGAGAAGUUCUACCUGGUAUUCGAGAAGAUCAACGGUGGUCCAUUGCUAUCGCGCAUACAGGAGCACAUUUGCUUCUCCGAGCAUGAGGCCUCGCAGAUAAUCAAGGAGAUCGCCUCCGGACUUGAUUUUCUGCACAAGAAGGGCAUUGCCCAUCGUGAUCUCAAGCCGGAGAAUAUUCUGUGUGUCAAGACGGAUUCGCUGUGCCCAAUCAAGAUUUGCGACUUUGAUUUGGGUUCGGGGAUUAAGUUCACUACGGACAUCUCGUCGCCAGCAGCCACUCCUCAGUUAUUGACACCAGUUGGCAGUGCCGAGUUUAUGGCUCCGGAAGUGGUCGAUUUGUUUGUGGGUGAGGCACACUAUUACGAUAAGAGGUGCGAUUUGUGGUCCCUGGGAGUCAUUGCUUACAUCCUGCUCUGCGGUUAUCCGCCAUUUUCGGGCAACUGUGGUGAGGAUUGCGGCUGGAAUCGCGGUGAAAACUGCCGCACGUGCCAGGAACUGCUUUUCGAGUCCAUUCAAGAAGGACACUUUUCUUUCCCGGAGGCCGAGUGGCACGAUGUCAGCGAUGAGGCCAAGGACCUAAUUUCUAAUCUGCUUGUCAAGAAGGCAUCGAACCGCCUCAGUGCCGAGGCAGUGUUGAAUCACCCAUGGAUUCGUAUGUGCGAGCAGGAGCCACCGGCAAGCAAGCAUGGCAGGCGCCACAAGGCUUUGCAAACGCCCAGUAACAUCCGACGCAAUCACCAGUCGGCAAGGGAAAUCUCGCAGUUUGCCGAAUCUGCUAUGGCCGUCAAGCGUGUGGUCCUACAGCAUUUCUCGAUGCGCUACGAUUACAUGAAAGAGCGUCCCAACAUCUACCAGCCAUCGCAGGCCUACAUGGAUGCCUAUAGCGAUGAAAACUACAAUCCCAAGCCGCCGGGUCAUUACACUCGCAAUCGCUCGCAGCGCAAUCCCGCUUCCUCCUUGUGCGGCUACGGAGGGCGUAUGUCCUCGAUGCACGGCCAGCGGGCCAAUAGCCGUCGGUCUUCCCGAAAUGCGUCUCGCAAUGCAUCUGCAAUUUAUCCGAAUAGCGGGGGCUUCAAGACAUUGAACGUCCACGAGGAAGAUGACGACGAUGAAGGUCUGGAGGCUUUUGGCCACAUCGAUGAUGAUGAUGAGUGGAGCAGGUCUAGGAGGGAAUAUCAGCAGCAGUGUGAGACGCUGGGCGAGGAUCGCUUUAGGCGUCAGAGCGGAAGCGAAGGCGACGAAGUGGAAGAUGAUGAGGAUGGAGAGAAUGAGGACUAUCAGCACUAUAAGCAUUACUGGCGCGAAUUAGACGAGGAAGAGGGCGACGACUAUCUGUAUGAGCAGCAGCAGCGCGUCGAUGAUAAAUUCGGGGAAGAGGAGUUCGAGGACGAACCAAAGGAGGAAACUCAAGCUGACAAUCUAAAGCUAUCGAAAGCUUACGUGGAGCAAGUUGGCGAGACCAAUGUGGAGAAAUCGAAGCCACAGGACGAUAACGGUGGGUAUAUAAGGGAGGACCUUAUUAUGGAUAAUAUGGAUAUGAAGAAAAACACUCAGCAAAGCGAAUUUGCUAAGCUCACCAUAAUGCGCAACGAUGCGCAGACGGAGGAGAAUAAGAUAAUGCAGCAGCAGGAUGAGGAGAAGAAAGAGGAAAAACAGCAGGAUGAUGUUGAUGGGGCUAAGAAGCAAGGACCAUCAAGUGAUAUUAGUGCUACUACCAUCACCGAUAAUAACAAGCUGCAAACACCAGUUAUGACUACAACACACAUUAACAACUGGCAAACUGGCGAUGCAAUUGAAGAUGAUGAUGUUAAACUAUUGGAUAGUAUUAGUGAUUUAAAUGAAAAGCUACCUGAAAUUUAUGAGACUGCAAAUAUUGUUGUCAACUCAGCGGCAGUGCCAGCAGCAUCGACACCAGCAGCAUCAGCAACACGCCCACCAACCGAUAACCCAGAGGAAGAUGAUUCGAACGUGACCAAACCGACGACUACUGCUGAGGGGACAACAAUGCAAACGACUUUUGGCAUGUCAGCGGAAGAGGAGAAGCCUGUAGCCCUAUCCCACACCGCGGGUCACCACAGCAAGACCGGCCGCACUGUUAACUUUGCCCCCGAUGCAUAUCAGAACGACGAGGAUGCCGAUAUCGACGAGGACGACGACUACGAUGACGAGGAGAAUCUGCAUGAGCACAGCAAGCAACAGCUGCCGUCCAAUGCCUACACUCGUAAGCAGCGACAGCAGCACCAGCGGUACAUUGUGCCACGCUACCAGCUUGCGGAUCAAGUUCCUCAGAGGCAGCACACCGAAAACUGGCGUUAUCGCACCCAUCACUCGCAGGAACAGCAGCCGACAGCGGACUAUCGCAAGUAUCGCCCGCCGUUUAGCACCGGAGGCGGCGGUGGCCACCAUGGCAACCAGCAGCGCAAUUACCUGGGGAGCUUCUCGCACAGCGGCGGUGCCGCUGGUUACAAGAUUGCUCCAAUGCCGCCACCAAUGCAGCCGCCUCCGCGGCACAACAGCGCCGGAAGCAGUGGCAGUGGUAGCGGCAGCGGCGGAUCUCCGCCAUCUGACGAGCAGUCGGCCAUACGCAACUGGCGUCAGGAUUGUGUUUACGCCCGCAGUUGCGGGAUGAACCAGGGACCGGAACAGCAGCGGCACAACCGUUCGUCGGGUCAGCGUGUCCAGCAGCAGCCGCGGAUUGGCAGUGGACGCUUCGCCCACCUGCAGGCGGCCCAAUUGAUGGACGAGUUGCCUGAUAUGAGGAUCGGCCUUUCGCCGCCCAGCGAGAGUGUACUGCUCCAAAGGCGCCUGCGCCAGCAGCAGCGGGCCAACGAUCUGUCUGAGUACUGCGAGCCGGCCACCGCCAGUGGUUAAGCGGGUCCACUGUGGACAGAUAACUCUGUUUUUUUUCACGCACAUUCUCUUAAAACCAACUUUCCAGUUCUAUCAUUCUUUUUGGUGCAACUUUUCAAAAGCUAACGUUUAUUGCAAAAGUGUAUGCAAACUAUUUAAAUUCAAUUGAUUCCGCCACUGCAAACAGAGUUAACAAAAACCCCAAAAACAAAAAAAAAAAAAAAAAAACAAAAAAACGAUAAUAAUAAAAUGAUGAAUACUUGUGGUAGGAGAAAGCGACUGCGAAGUGAAACCAACUGAAACCGAGGGAAAUUGAGAGUGGCAAUAGUCUACGCUGUUUUGAAGCAAGCCAAACAGUCGUUCGAGAUGAAAACAACAGAAAACAAAUACCUUUUUUUAUAAAAAAGAUUCAAAAAAUUGUAAUUUAUAUUGCAGUAUAAUUUUUUAUUAUGAAAAAUAAAAACGAAUACGAAAAGUGUUUGGUCAAGAGAUGCAUAAAACACUUACGACUUUUCUGUUUUGGUGAAAUUGCUUAAAUACUAAGUACUCUUAAAAAUUUGUUCAUGCCUCUUGAUUCAAAAUGAUGAUAAUUUUACAACGCCCGUUCCAAAUACCAACAUGUACAACAUAUGAAAAUUGUUAAUAUUUGAAUAGUAUGUUUUUAUUUCUCAUGACAAAAAUUGUUAUAGGAAAGGAUAAACGGGCAGCAAGAAUAAGUUGAUUUUACAAAGUUAAUUGAAUUAUCAAAAUUUCGAGUCGCUCGCCAAUUAGUUGGAAUCGAAAUUUACACUUAAAAAAUUAAACGCUAGUAAGUUAUUUCAAAGAAAUUGACACGUACACAAGAUAAACUGCAAUAUAAAGGUAAUUUUUUGUUACAGUUUAUAGUUUUGUAACGUGUAUAUGCCAAUUGCUUGGAAAUAGUUUACAUGCGUACAGUUAAUUAUUUCAAAAAAUACUGAAACAUAUAUUUAAUUAAGCCCCAACACUUCUCUACACUGACAUCCAUACACACUAAGGCCAGCUACACUGGGCAAAAAUCGAACACACUCUUGACAUUGCAAGUUGCUCAACACGUUUUGAUGGGCGUAAAUGAAAUAAUAACACGCAAACCAAUUUUGUUAAAUACAUACACCUAUAAUAUUUAAAAAAUUGUGAUAUAAAAUGUAAAUGUAAAUGCACCUGAAGAAAUCUAUCUAUCAAAUGACGCUGUGCCAUCAACAACCACUUCAAUCUACUGAUAAGAGGAGUAUCAUUUUCCACAGACCUUAUUUGUUUACGUCCCACGAAAUCAAUGUCAAGUGCAUGCUGCAUACACACCAAUUCUUCUAUUUUUCCAACCAACAGCAACUUGUGCGAAAAACUUCCAAAAAACAAAAACAAAAUAAACGAAAAAUUAAACUGACCACAAAAAAUAAAGUUAAAUGCAGACAUAUGAAAUCAUAAAUGAUUGUUCAUAAUUUUAGCUCAAAACGCUGCUGCCAAAAAAAGUUGCCAACGGCCUCGUUUUGGGUUUGGUUAAAGUUUUGAACAUUUGCUAAUAAUAAUAACAGCGUCCAAAUAAUUUAUACUAUUCAUGCAAUGAAUUCCUACAGAAGCAAUCAAAGUUGCACUGAAACUGAAGUAUUGAAGUGGAAACUAUCGCUUUCGUUUGUUUGUAAAACUGUGAGGAGUGUUUCGCAACGAAACAAAAAAAAAACAAAUAAUAACUAUGAGUUGAAUUUACAAGCAGCGCUGCUUAAAAUCCGAUAAAACUACACUCAAACAAACAGCACCUUGGUUUAGAAAAUGUCCGUUAAGCCAAUGGUUAAACUUAAGUCGUUACACUGGUCAGCGCAGCUUUCGAGAAAUGAACACCAACGAGAAUAUGGGGAAAUCCUGCAGAUAAUUGAUUAGCUGACCGAUUUAAUCAAGGAAUAUUUGUAUGAAGCGAAUUGGUUUUAAAAUUAUGGCUAAACAGAAUUGGAAACGAAAGCCAAGAGAAAAGAAUACGAAGCCAGCAAUAAAAGAAAGAGUAGAUAUUGUUUUAUACAUAUAAAAACUCAAUAAAAACACUAAAUACAUG